AUGAAGAGCAAGCGCCGUGCCCUGCGUGGGGCUGUGACGCGUUUUGCGGACGACCUUCGUCGGGUCACCCAGCAGCUGAAUGAUGGCGUGGCCUCCCUAAGCAGGGCAACGCAGGACAAGCCAUGCAUAAGAUUGAGUGAGUUUCGAGAAGUACUGUCAGGAAUACAAGAAGAGGUCUCCGACAUUACGACUGCAGUUGAGAACUUGGAGAGGUUUACUAUCGAAACAAUUUCCUUCGAGGAGCUCUUGGGCCACUGCCUAGCCUUGUACCAGGCCAAUCGGAAGACCCUUGAUAAUUUGAAGGAUCACCUGCAGCAGUAUGGUUACCGACAGCCUCCGGCCCUUGUAAUCGAGCCCGAGAACCCCGUAUCUGCAGAGGUGGUCGCCGCCAUCAAGGCUCGUCUUGGCGGUGACAAGGUUGGCGUGCAGGACAGCAGUAGCAGCAGCGACGAUGAGGAAGAAGAGCUGGCGGACUACAGCUACAGGACUGACUUGCGAGGUGGGGCGGCUGCUAGCGCCCGCAAGGCGCGUGGCAUUGUGCCGUCGACAGCGGGCGGUAUGGGCCCUUCUGCUCUCUUCCAACAAACCAACAAGAUCCAACGCAAGGGAUCAUCGUUCUGCUAUGCCAGUGAACAUGAGACCGCCGCCGACAAGGACACAUCCGAAGAGGAAUGGGAUACCACCUUUCCGCGGCGGCAGCAGCAGCAGCAGCAGGAACAGCAGCAACCGCGUUUGCCGCCGGGCGCUGAUGCCAUCGCGGUCGUGGGCGCUGUGUAUGGCCAUGUGCGCCCGACCGGGGCCAUGGCUAGCAAAAGCCGCAUCUUGAUGAGUAUGCAGGCAGCCAGCUUAAGUGCAGCCGCCACUGCCGCCGCAGCCGUCCAAGCCUCAGCAGGCAAGCCUAUGGUGCAGCACGCUACCAGCGUCGCUGGCGCCGCCAACCGCGGCUCCCUCAGCACGGAGCGGCCAAUCUCGCCAGAGACUGCCAAGAUCCUGGCCAAGUUGAACCGACAAGAGGACAAGUCUGACGAGGACCGCGGGCCAGUCUCCCUAGCAGCAUCCUUCGACUUGGCGUGCCUGGCGGAUUCCACAGCCGCAGACCUCACGGCAUCAAUGCGCGAUCUGGCGCCGUUUGGGCUGCGCCGGGUUGCUGUCGAGGAGGUAAAGAGCAGGAUAGCAGCCGGAGACAAUUUGGAUCAGAUCCAGGCAAUGGGCGCAACCGGUCAGCAGCCGCUGCCCCCCCCGCCACCAUCGAUCGAUAGUGGCACUUUCGCGCUGCAUGAGGAGCUGAUCUGCAAGCCCGGAGCCCCUGCGCCGUUGAAGCCCUUCGUCCCGCCGCUGAACCUUGGUCGGUGCACCGCAGGCGUGCCUGCGAACCUGCCAAUGGGUCCCUCACUGUCAGAGAGGCAGAUGCCACUAACCUCACAGCAACGGCAGCAACAGCAGCCUGUCGGCAGCCGCAUUCCGCUGAGCCCACGCCCGCCAUUGCCGCCGCCGGCAGUUUCCACACCGGAUCGGGACCUGCAGGCAAUGGCGACGGGCUCAGGCCCCACCUCGCGGUGUGCGACACCGCUGUCAGCGCUUCGUGCGAACCGUGAGCAGCACAACAAGUUGCUUGCAGAGAAAAUGGCGGGGUUGGAGCGCGAAUGGAUAGAAUCAGGCCAGGCAGCCCUGACACCCAUGCGCAGGAGCAUGGGCGGAUUAAGUCCCGCGGCAAAAGGGGAUCUGGCGCCGUUUGUGAGGGCCAAGUCGCCAGCACCUUCACGUGUGGCAGCGGCGGCUGCGGCAGCCGCGGCAGCGCUGAUUGCACAGCCCAGCACGUCCAUUGCAACCCCAAGCCGGCUAAGCCGCAACAACGAGUUGCAAGGUCAUCCACAGCCAAUCGUCAAUGGCGUUGCCGCCACCGCUAGCGCAGCGGCUGCGGCGGCGGCGGCGGCUGCCGCAGCCCUCCCGCGCCGUGAUGUCAGUGCGCAUGAUGCGUUGCUUCGCACUUCCGUGGCCUCAAAGCCUGCUACCGCCGCAGGGCUGCGUCUGGAAGCCUGCCGACGGCCUGGCUCUACUGAUGCCCGCGGCGGCGCCUGGCCCGGCUUUCCACUCUCACGCAGGGGCCAAGAAAGCGGCGGCAACAGCAGCAGGAUUGGAGCUCAUCCGGUGUCGGCGGGUAGGGGCUGCGACAGCAGCGACGGGGGCAGCGGCCCCGAUGAUGUAACGCUCGGGAUGCCGCCCGCGGUGUCGAACCCAAACACCCCGACGGCUGUGACGCCGGGUAGCUGCGGCGCCCCUUGUGGGCCUCCGCUGUCGACCGUUCUUUCACCCAACGCAGCCAGGCUGGCAUCGCACCCUUUGGGGGACAUCUUCGGCGGUGGCCCAACUCGGGUCUCCUCGCGGAUCCCCACGCCUGGCAAGAACGCCGGUGCCCAUGCCAGGCUGCCGACAGGCGCCGUGCUGCCUUCAGGGGCUGCUGCCGCCUCAAGCACUACUGCCCCAUGCGUGGCCAUGGAGCUUUGCAGUGAGGAGGAGUGGCGCAGCCUCCCGGGCACCUUGCAGCUAGCUUUCCCGCUGGAGGUGCUCAAUGGGCACAUUCGCGCGCUGGCGCAGACACUUGCUACUAGGCCCCUUUCGACCGCCGACGCCUGGAAGUACUUCUCCGCAGCCGACAUGGAGGCCCUGCCGCUGAAUAGCGCAUCCGCUAAACGUCUCCUCAAUACGUUGGUCAAGCUAGGCCGGUGCCAGGUUGUUGGUGGCGGAGGCCUUGGGGGGAACAUGCUGUACAGCCUGCUAUCCUGA